AUGGACGAGUACCCCACCCCUGACUUCGACACCGUAUUUGACGGGGAGGAGGGGCUGACCGUCUGGCUGGCGGCCGUGGCUCUGCUCAUCGCCGUGGUUGGGCUGGUGGGGAACGGCCUGAUCCUGUGGCUGCUGGGCUUCCGCAUCCGCAAGAACCCCAUCUCCGUCUACGUCCUCAACCUGGCCGCGGCCGAAGCCCUGUUCCUCAGCAGCCAUUCGAUCCUCUGCGUGGGGGACGCCUUCGACAUCUUCGAGCACUCCCCCUCCUGGCUGGGGGUGAACAGCAUAACCGACCUGGCCUACUCCGUGGCCCUGGGCCUGCGGGCCGCCAUCUGCACCGAGCUCUGCCUCUGGGCGCUCUACCCGUGCGAGUACCCGCGCCGCCGGCCCCAGCACACGUCGGGCGCUGCGUGCGGAGGCGUCUGGGCCCUGGCCAGCCUGCUGUGGGGGUCGCAACUUAUCUUCUGUCUCGGUAUCGAGGGCAGCGGGCUGUGCCUCGUGACCGUCGUGGCCGAGAAGGCCUACUUACUCCUCCUAACUACGCUGCUCUUCGUGGCCAGCCUGGCGCUGGUGCUGCGGGUCCGCUGCGGCGUCCGGCGCCGGCGGCGGCCGCGGCUCUACCGGCUGGCCCUGCUCACGGCCCUCGUGUUCCUGCUGUGCGGCCUGCCCCCCGAGGUGCAGCACUUCCUGGAGACCUUCGGCCUGGAACUCCUCAUUCCGUCCUGGAUCCCCCAGCUCCUGGCCAACGUGAACUGCAGCGCCAACCCCUUCCUCUACUUCUUCCUGGACCGCCGUUUUCGCCAGGGCAGGAGAGGGAGGGAGCCCCUCCGGCUGGUGCUCCAGAGGGUCCUGGAGCACGGGAUGGAGGGGGAGGAGAGGGAGGCCUCCCAGGACACCUCCUGGGAGACUUCAUUCUGA